UACUGGCACAGCAUGAAAAAUUGAAAACUGAACAUGAUCAAAGGUUUAUUUAGAGAGGUUAGGUGAAGUCUGAAGCUGGAGCUUAUUCAUACCCAAACCGCUUAGACUGAUGUUAGCGAGAAAAUUCUCUCAUUUAUAGUAUGAAUUGGCGGCCUAUCAACUAUUCUUUCUAUCUUAAUGUUAGCAAUCAAUUGUCUGCAAGGCGCAAACCGAUACAAAACGAAAUCUUUUUCUGCAUCCAGAAUUGAAUUCUUCCUUUCUAACAUUCAAAGUUUUCCUGUCGAACACAAACAUGGCUUCUUCACAUUCAACUGAGAACUGCAUUGGAUGGGCUGCCAGAGACCCAUCCGGAGUUCUUUCUCCUUACAAUUUCAGCCGCAGGGUUACCGGGAGUGAUGAUGUUUCGCUAGAUGUUUCCUAUUGUGGCGUUUGUUAUGCUGAUGUGGCGUGGACAAGGAGUAUUCAUGGACCUUCCAAGUAUCCUUUAGUGCCUGGGCAUGAGAUUGUAGGGAUUGUGAAAGAGGUUGGGUCCAAUGUCCAGCGCUUUAAAGUGGGUGAUGCUGUGGGAGUCGGCACUUACGUCAACUCAUGCAGGGAGUGUGAGUACUGUGAGGAAGGGUUAGAAGUUGAGUGUUCAAAGGGAUCUGUCUAUACUUUUGAUGGAAUAGAUUUUGAUGGCACAGUUACUAAGGGAGGAUACUCAAGUUACAUUGUUGUUCAUGAAAGGUAUUGCUACAAAAUUCCCGAAAGCUACCCUCUUGCCUCGGCAGCACCUUUGUUGUGUGCUGGAAUUACUGUGUACACUCCUAUGAUACGGCAUAACAUGAACCAACCCGGCAAGUCUUUAGGUGUGAUCGGACUAGGUGGUCUUGGUCACUUGGCUGUGAAGAUUGGGAAAGCUUUUGGGCUUAAAGUAACUGUUUUCAGCACCAGUAUAUCAAAGAAAGAUGAAGCUCUGUCUCUUCUUGGAGCUGACAAUUUUGUGAUCUCAACUGAUAAACAUCAGAUGGCGGCACUGACUAAAACAUUUGACUUCCUGAUUAACACCGCAUCUGGUGAUAUCCCAUUUGAUCUGUACUUGUCGCUGUUGAAAACUGCUGGUGUUCUUGCUAUGGUGGGGUUCCCAAGUGAAGUGAAAUUUAGUCCUGCUAGCCUAAAUUUUGGUAUGAAAUGCAUUGCUGGCAGCAUAACUGGCGGAACAAAGCUGACACAAGAGAUGCUAGAGUUCUGUGCUUCCCACAAAAUAUACCCUGAAAUUGAGAUGAUUCCAAUCCAGUAUGUCAAUGAGGCUCUUGAGAGAUUAAUAAAAAAGGAUGUCAAAUAUCGUUUCGUGAUUGAUGUUGGGAGCUCCCUCAAACGAGAUAGAUGAAUAUGGCCAUCUGCAGUUGUUGAUAUGUUUUGGGUUAGUUGCAAAGAAAGUUGAUGUUCCUUUCACUUGGUGUUUUAUUUCUAUCUAAUGGAAGUUCAAUAAAAGGCCAUCUUAGUCAUUAUUGAUGAAAUUUAGUUCGUGUGUUAACAAGUGGAAACAACUGAUGUCAAACUGAACCUGUAAUUAAAAACCUGGACAUAGUUAGAGAUUUGUUUUGGGAGCUAAUAAUUGAGAUUGAGAGGAUUUGGAAGAAAA